AUGGUAGAUAUCAAACCAGAGCAGACGCAGGAGGGGAACAACAAUGACCAUCUUGUUCAGUCGGACGACCCUGAACAUCCAGCAAACCUCAUUCCGGAGCUAUGCCGGAAGUUCUACAGCCUUGGAUGGGUAACUGGUACAGGUGGCGGAACUUCCAUCCGUCGUGGUGAACACAUCUUCAUUGCCCCCUCCGGCGUACAAAAGGAACUUAUCAAACCCAAUGAGAUCUUCGUUCUCUCCUAUCCGACCCCCAAAUAUCCUCCCUCGGCCCGUAAAUACAUCCGCAAGCCUUCUGCCCUGAACCCUUCAGCCUGUACACCCCUCUUCCUCGCUGCCUUUGACCGCGUUGAGCGAGAGAAGGGCAAGUCUGGUUGCUUUGAAAUCAGCAACAUCGAACAGAUCAAAGGUAUUCCCAGGGGCAAGGGUAAAGGCAUGCUGGGCUUCUUUGACACACUCAAGAUCCCAAUUAUCGAGAAUACUGCAUUCGAAGAGGACCUGACUGAGAGCUUGGAGAAGGCUAUGGAGGAAUAUCCAGAUACGUAUGCUGUUCUUGUCCGAAGACAUGGAAUAUAUGUCUGGGGUGAUACUCCUGCCAAAGCGAAAACACAGUGUGAGAGUCUAGAUUAUCUCUUCCAGCUAGCUGUUCAGAUGCACGCCCAUAGUCUACCCUGGGUGGUCAAUGAAUCAGCGUAG